GGGAGGAGUGUGGACUCAGGGGCAGGAGUUGGAGCCGUGCUUUGAGUCAUACCAGUGUGUUCUGCCAGCGGUAUUUAACCAGCACCACACCCUGAACAGGCUUCAUAACGGGAACAAUCUACUGCUAUCUCUAGGUCCUGUUCUCUAAGGGAUUUCACAAUGGCGUUGGUUUCUGAGUUCCUGGGCCAGCUCACGCUGAAUUUUGGCGGGGAGAGCGAGCCUAAAUUCCCCACGGUGGUGACAGCAAGGGAUUUCGAUCCAGCUAAAGAUGCCGCCAGGAUAGAAACGGCCGUCAAAACCAAGGGUGUGGAUGAGCUGACCAUCAUUGACAUCCUGACCAGACGGAGCUACUCCCAGAGGAGAGAGAUCGCCUUCGAGUAUGAGAAGAGAUCCAAGAAGGAUAUGAUCACAGCUCUGAAGGGGGCUCUGUCUGGGUCUCUGGAGGCUGUAAUUCUGGGACUGAUGAAGAGUACAGCUCAGUACGACGCCUCUGAGAUCAAAGGAUCCAUCAAGGGUCUGGGGACCGAUGAGGAGACUCUGAUAGAGAUGGUCUGUUCCCGCAGCGCUGAAGAACUGGUGGAAAUCAAACGCGUCUACAAGGAGUUGUUUAAGAAGGAGCUGGAGAAGGACGUGGCUGGAGACACAUCGGGAGACUUCAGGAGUCUGCUGUUGGCCCUGGUACAGGCAAAGAGAGAUGAGCCCUCAAAUAUUGUUGACUACGAGAAGAUCGACCAGGAUGCCAGAGCUCUGUAUGAGGCAGGAGUGAAGAGGAAGGGGACUGACGUGGCUACAUGGAUCACCAUCAUGUCAGAGAGAAGUGUCCCCCACCUACAGAAAGUGUUUGACAGGUACAAGAGCUACAGUCCAUACGACAUGCAGGAGAGCAUCAGGAAGGAGGUGAAGGGAGACCUGGAGAAGUCCUUCCUGACACUGGUGGAGUGCUUUGAGAACAAACAACAGUACUUUGCUAACAGACUGAGUGAAGCCAUGAAGGGUAAAAGUGCCAAGGAGAAGGUGGUGACCAGGAUCGUCGUGUCUCGCUGUGAGGUGGACCUCAUGAAGAUCAGGACAGAGUUUAAGAAACUGAACCAGAAGUCCUUGUACCAGACCAUCACUGUGAGGACUCUUCUUUUUCU